AAAAAAAGCCUGGAGUAGCAACUAAGUGUUGAAGCAGAAGAGGAGCAGGAACACCGCUGAAAUGGCCACAAAACUUGUGGAUUUGGUGUACUGGCGGAACAUGAGGACAACUGGUGUGGUGUUCACAGGGCUGGUCGUUGGUCUGGCCAGUCUGUUCCAGCUCAGUGCCAUCACCGUGCUGUCCCACAUCUGUCUCGGCAUUAUGUGUAUUACCUUCCCUCUGCGCCUCUAUUAUAAACUGCUGGAACUAAUGCGCUGGAACCCCGGGGUCCACCCUUUCCAGUCCUGUCUGGAUCAUGACAGCACUCUGACAGACAAGGAGACUGUGAUACUGGUGGAAGAAGUGGUGCUACUUAUUGCAUUCGCUGUCACAGAGCUCAAGCGGCUCCUUUUCAUUGGCAGCAUAUUUGACUCAAUCAAGUUUGUUGCCCUACUCUAUCUGCUGACUUACAUUGGCAUCCUAACAAACGGACUGACUCUGAUGAUAACUGUUACCUACAAGUUUUGUAAUUGUUCCUAG